CACUUGGCUGCAAGCAACGUGAUACCCACAUCAGACGCAAACUGAAAAAUGCUCUCUCUCUCUCUCUCUCCCUCCACCCUCCCCAUUGGGUUUCAUUAUGAGGGCAGCCUAUUAAUAUCUACAUAAUUAGCUUCCCACCCCCACAUUCCCCUGGAAAAAAAGAGCCAAGUCUCUCAGUUUAGUGUCUUAGCCCUGAUUUUGCCGAUUUGGGGUGAAAUUCCGCACCCUCUUCCUGCAGUUGCUGGCAACGGCAGCCAGAGCCGUCAUUCGCGCCGAUCUCUUCGGCGAGGGAGAGGUGCAAGAAGCCGGCGAAGAUGCUUUUGGGAGCAGUCUUCGUCUUGGGCUUAGUUCUGUGCAGUGGAUUCCACAACUUCACCGGCAAAUCUCCCAAAGCGACGCCAGAUGUUUGGGACGACUCGAAGGAUGAGACUCAAACCGGGAAAGCGGCCAGCGAGCCCGAGGAGCCGGACAACACCUUAUCGGAGUUGUUAAGGGACUAUGACAAAUUGAAAGCCGUGUCUGAGGGUUCGGGUUGCCGUUGCAAAUGUGUGUUCAGACCACCGGGCCGGGAUGCCUGUCGUCGGAUCGAGGAAGGGACCCUCAGCUUGGAUGAUUCGUACACGCUAGAGACCAUCAGCUCGGGACCGCAUUGUAAAUGUACCUGCCUCGCCCCACCCUCGGCGCUCGAUCGCUGUCAGCGGCCAAUCGGGUUGCAGAAACCCCGGGAGGCGGAAGGCAACGGGCUCAAGUUCUCCAUGGUGGAACUUUUAGAAGACACCAUCUUUGGAUUGGACCUCUUAAAGCUGCACUCCAUAACAACCAAAUUGGUCAAGCAUAUUGAAAAAUUGGAAGAGACACUGCCUGUAAAGACGCCGAGAAGAGAUCGGCCCAGUGUCGACAGUGUCAACAAGGUUCAGAACAAGAUGGAGAAGAAGGAAAAUCACACCACCACUCAUAGCACAAAGAAAGAGAUGACUGACAUUAGCACAAACUUCCUGCAGAGAGACGCAGCUGCCACCUACACCCAGACUGAGGAAAGGCACAUCCGUACACGACCUGACAAGUUUGACAAAGAGUUCCAUCAGAAGAGGGAUGAAAACGAAGACACUAAACCACUGAUUGUGUUGCGGACAGAGCAGAAGCGAUAUGAGGGACACCAUAAGCAGAGACAUUCCCAAAGACCGACCAUUAUACGAGCCACAUACUACAAGGCAAAAGCUUCAGAGGACUCGGAGAUGGUGGGGGAUGAAGAAGUGGCAGAGGAUGAGCAAUCCAGCUCUGCCAGUGGUGAGGAUGGAACCCUUCUCUUUUUGGAUGACCAACUUAUUAAGCAGACUGAAUCAGCGGGUAAUGAUUCUCAGAGAACAAAUCCUGUUCUUACAACCAUCGUUCCAGAGACAGCAACACAAUCCAGAAGCCAGCAGAAUCUCACGGACGAAAUGGAGUCUUUGACGGAUGCAACAAUACUUGUUGCAGGAUCAACAAUUCCCAGUGUGACCACCUCCUCCAGCAGUAACAGUACAACUAACUUUACUGUGACCAACCCAGAUCCACACUUUGCUAAGACCAGCCAAUUCAAUGCCUCAGAGCCUGCCACUGUUAUCAACACCACUGCUUCCAUCCCACUUCCCAUUCAUACUCUUGUUUCAGCUCUUACCAUAAACUCCACAGCAAACACAACUUUUACCUCCUUCCCAAUCCCCAUCCCCACCAUGCCGAACGCAACUCACAUCACAGCCUCACCAGCUUCUACUGGUACCAUUGCUCCCAUUUUACCACCCAAUACUGCUCCCACAUCCCCUGCUGUCACCACCACGACAAUUCCUACUGAUGAAGUUCCCAUCACCAUCACAGUCUCCAUCCUCACUAACAAUGCAGAAACCACUUCAACCCACUCGAACACCAUUGCUGCCGUUUCCUCCAUAGCACCCACAACUAGCACCACGGACACGGUAGCAGCCCCCACUACCACUAGCGCUACUACAAUUACUCCCGAGGAUCCCACCACCCUCCCUGUAGCCAGUGCAUCUACCACCAUGAUCACCACAACUGUACCUAACACAACACCCACUACAACCACAAUACCAACCACCGUGACCACCAUACCCACAACACGCACCACUACACCAACACCGACCACAACCGCCAUACCCACCACUAUCAAAACCACCCUACCAACCACAACCCUAUCCACCACAACAACCCUACCCACAACAACCACCACAACCCGACCUACAGCAACACCCACCACUAUGACUGCAAUACCUACCGCAACAUCCACUACAACCACACCCAUCACAACUAGUACAACCACACCUGCACUGACCACGACCAUUGCACCCACCACCACCUCACCCACUACCACUUCAACCAUGGCAGCCAACGUCAUCAGCCCCAAGCGAAAAAUCACAACCCGUUCACCAAAAGCGAGGACAACUUUAAUCGCUCCCCAUGCCAGAAAGAAACCUAAAGUGGAGGGCACACGGAGACAACGUGUAAACCACAAAUCGAAUGAUGGUUACAGAACUUUUGAUGAGUGCAAGGAGACGUUGUCUACUAUCGCUAAACCCAAGACUAAGCACAUUUAUGGGAGGAAUGAAGGGGCCUGGAUGAAGGAUCCAUUUGCGCGAGGUGACAAAAUCUACAUCACCAAUUAUUAUUAUGGUAACACCUUAAUAGAGUUUCGCAACAUGGAAACCUUCAAACAAGGUCGUUGGAGUAACUCAUACAAACUUCCCUACAAUUGGAUUGGGACUGGCCAUGUGGUAUAUCAUGGGGCUUUCUACUACAACAGAGCAUUCACACGCAAUAUCAUCAAAUAUGACCUGAGGCAAAGAUUCGUGGCAGCCUGGAGCCUUUUGUAUGAUGUGGUGUUUGACGAGGCCACUCCCUGGAGGUGGAAGGGCCACUCGGAAAUAGACUUUGCCGUUGAUGAAAAUGGUCUUUGGGUCAUCUACCCUGCCAUUGAUGACGUGGGCUCCUUGCAAGAAGUGAUAAUGAUCAGCAGACUCAACACCGUUGACUUGUCCAUCCAGAAGGAGACCACCUGGAGGACUGGCUUGAGGAAGAACUAUUAUGGCAACUGCUUUAUAGUUUGUGGUGUGCUGUAUGCAGUGGACAGCUACAAUAAGAAGCAUGCUAACAUUUCGUAUGCUUUUGACACUCACACAAACACUCAAAUCAAUCCAAAGAUGCAAUUUAUCAAUGAAUAUUCAUACACCACUCAGAUCGACUAUAACCCCAAAGAGCGCAUCCUGUAUGCAUGGGACAAAGGCCAUCAAGUCACAUAUGGGAUCACAUUUGCCUAUUAGAAUGAAAAACACAUUGACAUUUGUGAUGGCUUUGUAAAAAAUAUAUAUAAGGGGAUUGAUGUUCUUCUAUUCAUUCACAGAUUGUAGAUCAAUCUGUUUUGUGUUAAUAUAAUCAAAGUAACCUACUUUAAACGAGAGACAAUAAAACAGACACACAAUGGCCCCCUUUGAUUCGCGCUUUAUACAAUAAUUGCAUUCCUUGCAUGUCAUGACUGAGAGGAAUAUGAUGCCUGCCGGACUUCCUUGCUAAAUUUCAAGCAGAUCAUGCUUUCUGCUUAAAUUUGGCAUGCUUGCUGAUCAUCAAAACUGCAUGCUCCAUUAGCAUUGGUCACUUUGCAUUGAAGAAUCCAGCCUCUCUACCCAUGUCUCUGCACUUUGAACUGGCCUUCAUGGGACUGUUGGAAAAAAAUCACAGUGAUGAUUCAGUUCCAUAGAUGUAAUAAAGUUUAGAUGUUAUAAAUCAUGAAACAACUACUUUAAGCAUCUUAAUCUCAUACCUUGAAAGACGGCAUAAUGAUAAAUGGUACAAUAUGCACCAUCUUCCAAAGGCCAAAUAGCUGAUCUCUGUUUCCAAGCAUUCAGUAUUGUGGAUUAUCCCCUCAAUGACUGAAAGGUAUGAAUUAUUGAAGUAUGGAUUGCACCUUACAUUCACCGAUUAGAAAUGGCCACUUCCCAUGAUGCAUUAUUAAUUGUCAUGUGCUUUAUAGUUACAAAUAUUUUCCUAGCAUUUAGAUUUUGCGAAUAAAUUGGAUAUAAAUCUAAUCUUGCACUUUCUGUGAAAUGCAGGGAUUGGGUAUAUUUGGUAUUGACGAGAAAAGUUAAUAUGAUGGCUUGCUCUAGGCACUGCUAAUUCACUUUGCUUUUGAAAAGGAACGAUUAGAUUCUCAUCAAUAUAGCAGAUUGUUAGUGUCUGAAACUGACAUUGUAAUAUGAUGUGCAAUCAAUGAUGCCUGUAUUAACCAUCUGGUAGAUGUGGAACUUAACCAG